CCGCCGCCGCGAUUCCAAAAGCAAGUCUGACGCCCGUGGGCGCCGCCAUCUUGCUUCAGCGGAGCCUGAAGGGGCGGGUAGAGAACUCUUGGGGUGGGGGAGAACUUGCGGCGGGGAGGAAGGUGCGGCUUGUGGGUUGGAACCGGAGCCUUGACGCAGAGGCUGCCGCUUCUCCCCUUUCGCUUCGCUGAGCCGCUUCCACGGAGGUCGGUCCGACCGGACAGCAAGAUGGCGGUGGAGUCUCGCGUUACUCAGGAGGAGAUUAAGAAGGAGCCCGAGAAACCCAUCGAUCGUGAGAAGACCUGCCCCCUCCUUCUGAGGGUCUUCACCACCAACAAUGGGCGCCAUCACCGAAUGGAUGAGUUUGCCCGUGGAAACGUACCUUCCAGUGAACUGCAGAUCUAUACCUGGAUGGAUGCAACUCUAAAAGAGCUGACAAGUUUAGUGAAAGAAGUCUACCCGGAAGCAAGGAAAAAGGGCACACAUUUUAACUUUGCAAUAGUCUUCACAGAUCUUAAAAGGCCUGGUUACAGGGUGAAAGAGAUUGGCAGUACAAUGUCAGGCAGAAAGGGCACAGAUGAUUCCAUGACUCUGCAGUCUCAGAAGUUCCAGAUAGGGGAUUACCUGGACAUAGCAAUUACUCCCCCAAAUCGAGCACCACCUCCAUCAGGUCGCAUGAGACCUUAUUAAUAUUUUGCUUUCUUCUAAUGACCACACUACAUGGUCAUACAGAUUACAAACAGCUUGGUUUUUUUAAUGCAGUGAAAAUACUAGAAAACCUGUUAAGCUGUAGAAAUACUGAAAUUAUGUUACUGUAUAUUUUUAGAAGGGUGCUCUCGGCUAGGUUUUCUUUUUUUUUGAAUAGCUGAAAACCAGACUGUGCAGUGUUUCUCAAAGUGUGUAAUGUUUGGCUAAAACACCACAAGCAGUCUUGAGGUAUUUGAAACCAUAUAUAUUGUAAGACCAACCUUUAAUGUGGAAAAAUUAAAUGAGAGGUAUUUCAUAAGCACACUGCAAGAUUGCCUUUUAAGAAAUUGGGUGAGGCAUGUACUUGUUUUAGUCAGUAGAGAUGUAGUGUGUAAGUACACAGAGAAGAAAAUUGACUCUGAAAACAUUUGCCAAAAGGGUUAAAGUACCUAUUUUGUCAGAAGUCCACAACACAAGAAUUGGGUGUAGAUGAUGGGAUUGCCAAUGCGGUGAGCACAACCUCUGCUCAAUAAUUGCAUAUUCAUUGUGCAAAAAUAUUCACCCUAAUACAGCUGUAGUAGGACUUACACUAUCAGAUGGACAGAAGUGUCAGUUUGUUGAAAACCAUCCUGAAAUUGGUCAUAAUACAAUGAAAUCAUGGCAGCUUAACACCUGUAAUAUUACACCCUAUUUUAUUCGCUGAUGAGUAAGUGCGACCAGGAGGGCUGCCAUUUUUGCUUCUGGUUUUGACUGUAUUUGAACCACUUAAGGUAUUCCCAAUUUAAAAUGCAAUUGUUGCUUCAACUGGAAGUUACAUCCUUAAAAAUUGGACGUUCCAAAAAAUCUUCUCCAGGCGAGAUUAUCCAUUGUUUCCACAGCUGUAUGACUGUCUUGUUAUAAUUAAGUCCUUGUUAAAUAAUUUUAUAUUUUAAAACUUGUAAAAAUAAAAGCAGUGACAUAGCUUUGUAAAA